CGUGUCAAACAAACUCAAACUCAAACUGCACUUCCCUUUUCAGCUCUUCUCCAACCUCAAUUUCACCCCAUUUUUCCAUAUCCUCUCUGCACACGUACGUACAGGUAAACGUGCCUGAUCAUGGACAUGGACUCGUCGCCGUCGACACAGGACUGUGGCGGCUGGCUGCUGUACGUCUCCCUCGCUGCCAAAUGCGGCGGCGACCCUUGCCGCGUCGUCGGCUUCGUCGCCGUUGCCGUCGUCGCCUUCGCCGUCACGUCGCUCCUGCACUGGCUGUCGCCCGGUGGCCCGGCGUGGGGGAGGUAUUGGUGGAACAGGAGGGGUGGUCUGGGCAUUGCUGCCGCCAUUCCUGGGCCCCGUGGGUUGCCCGUGCUCGGCAGCAUGUCGCUCAUGGCGGGACUCGCGCACCGGAAGCUCGCCGCGGCGGCGGGGGGCUCGCCGGCGAGGCGGCGCCUCAUGGCGCUGUCUCUCGGGGAGACACGGGUGGUGGUCACCGCCGACCCCGGCGUCGCGCGGGAGCUCCUCGCCAGCGCGGCGUUCGCCGACCGGCCGGUGAAGGAGUCCGCGUACGGGAUGCUGUUCCACCGCGCCAUCGGGUUCGCGCCCUACGGCACGUACUGGCGCGCGCUCCGCCGCGUCGCGUCCACGCACCUCUUCUCGCCGAGGCAGGUGUCCGCCUCCGCCGCGCAGCGCGCGGUGAUCGCGCGCCAGAUGGUGGAGGCCAUGAGGUCCGCCGCCGCCGCCGCCGCCGGUGGCGGCGUGGCGGCGAGGCCGUUCCUGAAGCGCGCGUCGCUGCACAACGUGAUGUGGUCGGUGUUCGGGAGGAAGUACGAGCUGGCGGCGCCGGAGAGCGAGGAGACGGCGGAGCUGAGGAGCAUGGUGGACGAAGGCUACGACCUCCUCGGCCAGCUCAACUGGUCCGACCACCUCCCAUGGCUCGCACCCUUUGACCUCAAGAAGACGCGGUCAAGGUGCUCGUCCCUUGUCCCCCGCGUCAACCGCUUCGUCACCCGCAUCAUCGACGAGCACCGUGCUCGCCUCAGCCUCGCCGUCGACGCCGCCGUCGACUUCACCGACGUCCUUCUCUCCCUCCACGGCGGCGACAAGCUCUCCGACGCCGACAUGGUCGCCGUCCUCUGGGAGAUGAUCUUUCGAGGGACGGACACGGUGGCGGUCCUGAUCGAGUGGGUGGCGGCGAGGCUGGUGCUGCACCAGGACGUGCAGGCCAGGGUCCAUGACGAGCUGGACCGAGUGGUCGGGUCGGACCGGGCAGUGACCGAGUCGGACGCGUCCAAGCUGGUCUACCUCCAAGCGGUGAUCAAAGAGGUCCUGCGCCUCCACCCGCCGGGCCCACUGCUCUCGUGGGCACGCCUCGCCACGUCGGAUGUACACGUCGGCGGGUUCCUCAUACCCUCUGGGACCACCGCCAUGGUGAACAUGUGGGCCAUAACCCAUGACCCUGCCGUUUGGCCCGACCCGAACGAGUUCAAACCAGAGAGGUUCGUCGCAGGGCCCUCGUCGGACCAGGCCACGGAGUUUCCGAUAAUGGGGUCGGAUCUCAGGCUCGCGCCGUUCGGGUCAGGAAGGCGAAGCUGCCCCGGCAAGUCGCUCGCCAUCGCCACUGUCGGAUUCUGGGUUGCCACGUUGCUACACGAGUUCGAUUGGCUUCCCUUGUCAGAUAAGUCGCGCGGCGUCGAUCUGUCGGAGGUGCUGAAGCUGUCGUGCGAGAUGGCAACCCCGCUGGAGGCAAGGCUAAGGCCGCGACGCAAGGUGUGAUGACGUGUCACCACCGUCACGUGGGACUAAGACGAGGAGAGGGAAGCCGACUUCCACUUCCUUCUAGUGCUUGUUGAGAUGUGUAAAUGUCCCUAAAUGUAAAGUGUUACGCUUUGAGUAGAAAUGCCCCUACGUUGUAGUGCGUAGUAUUGUACACUUGUAGUAUGUAAUGCUUGUAUUUUUGUGUGUUUUGCACGUCCUAAGUAGUGGAGUAGUAGCUGAUAAUAGUUAGUUAAUUACUCUGCUAUUUAGUCAUAGUUAACUACCUACCUGCAGGUGAUGAGAGUGACAGUUUUUUUUUGUUUAAUUAACUGCAGGUGAUGAGUGUAGAAUAGCUCGGUAUGCCCAUCUCUAUCCUAAGUGCACGCGUGCGUGUGUAAUUAUUGUCAGAUGUAUGUUGUUUUCAAUGAUAGUGUACAUAUUUUUGGCGAGCUCGAUCUUCCAUUAGGAAGUGAUCGCUGCAUGCUUA